AUGAGCUUGAACGUCAACGCGAGCUUGAACGUCAACGCGAGCUUGAACGUCAACGCGAGCUUGAACGUCAACGCGAGCUUGAACGGCAACGCGAGCUUGAGCGCCAGCGCGAGCUUGAACGUCAACAGCUCCAAGCACUGCGAAUGCCUCAGCUGUGUGACCUGCGUGCUUGUCGGCAGCAUCGUCUGCAGUCUUCUGGCCCCGUCGUACGCGGAUCAUGCCAUGCCCCUGGCUGCGUGCACCCUCGUCCUCUGGUACUUUGGUUGGCUCUAG